AAAUGUUGCCAGCAAUCUCGGAAAGAUCAAUUGGAAACCAGUAAUUGUAGCUUUCGCCUUCCGAUAUCAGCUAGCCAGCUUUCUCUCCCGGAGCCCCCGGACGGUGGCUGGGGUUGGGUUGUCGUCAUUGCAGCAUUCUUUGUUCACAUGGUUACAGAAGGCGUUAUCGUUUCCUUCGGUAUCUUUAUAGAAGAUCUGGUGCAUGAGUUCCAAGAAUCAAUGAGUGCGACUUCCUGGGUGGGGUCGUUUUCUUAUGGCGUACCUGCCCUGGCAACUCCAAUCUCUUCUCUUGUUAUAAAUCAUUAUGGAUGUCGUUUUACUUGCAUGCUUGGAGCUGUUAUAAGUGCCCUUGGAUGCCUUUUUGGAUGCUUUGCGAAUUCCCUAUUGACUUUGGUCUUUACGUUUGGAAUUCUGUCCGGAAUAGGUACCAGUCUCAGCAUGACGGCUGCUUUGGUAAUCGUUUCAGUUUAUUUUGACGACAAACGCGCUACAGCAACGGGAUUAUCAAUUGCAGGCACAGGGGUUGGUGCUCUCGUUUUUGCUCCCGCCGUCGAGGCUUUCCUUAAUAUAUACACCUGGCGUGGAACAUUUAUGCUAAUGGCAGGGGCACUAUUAAAUAUAGCAGUUUGCGGGGCUUUGAUGAGGCCCGUCGAGACUCGAAGUGAGAGACGUCAGCGUCAAAGACUCGCCUGGCUCGAACAUUUUGCCAAGGAAUCUGGUUUGCCUCACCUCACCAAAUCAGCGGAGUAUCUUAAUACCGAUGUUCUUGGCCGAAUUAAGUUUCUGCGUGAUCGUCUCUUGGCUCCAACAAAGUCAAAUGUCAACAGAGUCCAGGCUUUACAGAAUGGCAGCUUGAAUGCAAAAGAAGCACAGCGUGGGAUAAUUAGGCCGAAUGGAAUUUCAUGUAUACCUAAUCCGCUUGAGGUUACACUUACUGAAUGCAUUCAUGGGCCGUCAAAACUUAUGCCUCAAGUUUCACCGCUGGCUGUAAUACCCGAGGAUCCUUCGCAAAUCUCUGAGAACCCAUUUGGUUCCAUAAAACCUUAUGCAUCUGUGUUCAAUACCCAGAUCUAUUGGCAGGAAUCAGGUAAUUUUUCAGCAUCGCCUCAUCAAUCGCAGGAAUCUCGGAACUAUCUCACACAAGUUAAACCACCAGAUAUUGGAAAUUCAGUUGUUGAUAUUAGAUUCUUCCGUUCAGGUGAUGUAUACUGCGAGAAAAAAGAUGUGACCGGUUUAAGACAUACGAAAUCGUUUCCGUGUCUUAAAAUAUUGUUUUCUGAAAAGAAACAGCAAAAUCCAUCUCCGAUCGGUUUCAUGUUACCUCAGGCGUUUUUGACGAAUAACGCACAUGAAAAAUCAGAAUAUACGAAAACAAAGCCAAGACGAAGAUGCGCGCAUUUAGCAUCCGCACAAAAUCAACAGGAAAUAGAUUGCCGUAAUUGGAUUGAGACCGCAACUCGGAGUAAACCGCUCGAAGCGUUUAACCACCCGUACUUUCAAAACACGAACGAAGACUUAGCUUUGUGUGGCGCUGCGUCGGGGAUGGGAGAUGAGAUAACGGUACACAACAGUACGUAUGAGCAUGCAGACUAUUUGUACCGGAGCUCGCUUAUCAAAGCUUUCGGUUUGAAUCGUGCCUCCCGUUGCACCGCUUUGAGUUUACCGGAUUUGACCAGAGUGCAUCGCAUUCGCCGAAGACCAAGUAAUAGUAGCAGUAGUAGCAGUUCGUCGGACUCGUCAUUUUCGGCUUGGUAUUGCUGUGGAGACCUGGACACAGCAGAUAACAUAUGUGCUCGCAUUCUCUCGAAAUGCUUUGCUCCAUGUCAAAUUAUUUUGCCUGAGUUGGACGCCAAAUACCUAUUUCAGCGUUUGUGUGAUGUACGGCUGUUUCGUCGGUCAACCUUCGAUUUGUUUGUGCUUUCCAAUUUCCUUCUGUACUUUUGGUACAAUGUGACAUAUUUCUUCAUGGGAGUGCAUGCUUUGGAUUUGGGACUCAGUGAAACAUCAGCUGCUCUACUUUUUUCUGUCCUCGGAGGAGCAAAUAUGAUCGGAGAGGUUGUAGUCGGUCUCCUGGCCGAUCGCGAAUGUGUGGACGCAUUAAUGCUGUACUUGGUCAUGUUGCUUGCUUGCGGUUUAUCCACUGCCUUGGUUCCGUUGUUCAAAUCGUUCUUGUCACUCUCUCUGUAUUCCAGUAAGUCUCUGGUAAAUCAUCGAAUUCGAUGCCAGUUGAAUUUUUUCACGUAA